GUAAACACGUCGUACGUCAUUACUAUCGUCUUCGCUUCUCUGGACUUUCGUCGAUUCCUCCCAAAAUAUAACAUUUCUGUUGCUAUAAUGCGAUUAUCGAGUGAAAAUAGCUUUUUGAGUUUCUGAAAAUGUUUAAUAAGUUUGCUGCUGUGUUGCACCAAGCUGUUGAAGCGCUUGCUCCAACGCUGUCACUGCAAGAAGAUUUUGUUUAUCACUGGAAAGCUGUCACUCAUUAUUUCAUAGAUAACAAAGAUGAUUCAAUUCCAGUGGAGGAAACUAAUAUUCCAUCACAUAUAGAUCAGAUGUUGGAUAUACUAACUCAGGAAGAAGCUAACAAUGACAGUGAUCAGACUGGACCAUGUAUGGAAUAUUUACUACAACAUAAAAUACUAGAAACUUUACAUGCAUUAGGAAAAGCUGAUUGCCCCUGUGGUAUGAAGCAAGUAGUUUUAUCUUUUUUUGCCAAUCUGUUAGGAAAAGUAAAGCAACCAUUGCUGCCACAUGUAAAUGUCCACAGACCCGUUCAUGUAAGUUUCAAAAUUGUGCUUUGA